UCUUGUCAGGAAACCGAUCUCCUGUUUCCUCGGCCAUACCACCUUUCUACUUUUCCUUGCUUAAAACCUAUCGACGCUUCAACGGUGCCGACAGGACUAGCCCGUCUACGUUGUCGGAGGCGACUUCACAGUCUCUGUUCGGCAACCCAAACAUCACCGAUCCGAGCGGCAGACCGUUCUAUUCGCGUUCCAUGGCGACCGCGGGACUGUGCACUGUUGGUGAUUUACGAGAGAACAAUAGGUGGAAAGAGAUCGCACAAUUACAACAACGAUAUCAAGUCGGACCAUACUUUCUUAAAGGCUUUGUGCAUAAGCUGCACACUGCCAUACCAGCCGUCUGGUUUACAUUGCCCGACACCGAAGCCACUCCGUCAUUGUUAUCGAUUUCCUUUCCACCUAAGACGGCUAUUCCUCUUUCCUCCAAGAGAAUGUACGUUCAGAUGGCAAAAUGCAGAGAUGUCAGACCACUAGCCGAGGAUAAGUGGACGCUCCCUUCUUGGUCGGAGGCUGGUCGACAGCUUGCUCCGCUCUUCAGGAUGCAAGACUGGACACCCCAUAUUCCAACGAUAUUGCUUUCAAAUUUCUCCAUUGCGUCCUUCCGACUCCAGACUGUCUGACACUCUUUUGACCUUCUCACGACACCUCUUGUAACUCGUGUGGCGACGGACGGGCUGAUCUCGAGCAUAUUUUCGCUCGUCCGUCGGCGAGGUCUCUCCAGCCUUCUUUACGACGUAUUCUCACCUGCUUCCUGUCUGACGUUCCGUCCGAUGUGACUCUUUUGACUGCUCCGUUUUUGUGUGGUCUAUCGCUAUCAUCACCCGCAUUGUUUGUCGUCUGGACCUUCAUCACAUCCUAUUGGCGACAUCGUAAUUCUUUAAAUUCUAACAGCAUAUUGAGUGUAACAGCGUUGGCCAUCAGGCGGCAGAUCGUGGAGGAAUGGCACGAAGCCCGCCUUCAUCGUCCGCCGAGAAUUGAUUUCUUUUCUCGCCAAUGGAGACCACCGGAUAGGCCGUGCGCUUUGUGUUUUGAGGAUGGCGACGACGGCCUUGACAUCCGCCUGUCUCCUCUGUUGGAUAUACCAAUAUAACCCCCCCCCCCAAAAGAAAUAAA